UAAAAUGGGAAAGCUUCAAUGGGGUGUUUUUCUACUUUUACUUUUGAACUUAGAUACUCUAUCUAUUGCUUGUCCAACAUGUGAACCACCAUCACCACCUAAAUCAACCCCGCCGGUGGUUAAACCGCCACCAAAAUCAUCCCCACCGUAUGUUCCCAAACCACCGAUAGUCACUCCGACUCCACCCACCGUUAAACCACCUUAUGUCCCUAAACCGCCCUUUGUACAUCCACCUGUUGUUAAACCACCACAUGUACAUCCACCGAUCGUUAAACCACCACAUGUACAUCCACCGAUCGUUAAACCACCAUAUGUUCCAAAACCACCAUUUGUACAUCCACCCAUUGUCAAACCGCCAUAUGUACAUCCACCAACUGUUAAACCGCCGUAUAUUCCAAAACCACCAUUCGUACAUCCACCUACUGUCAAACCACCAUAUUUUCCAAAACCACCAUUGGUACAUCCACCAAUUGUUAAACCGCCAUAUUUUCCUAAACCACCGUUCGUACAUCCACCCAUUGUCAAACCUCCAUAUGUUCAUCCGCCUAUUGUAAACCCGCCAUAUUGGCCAAAGCCACCUCCUUUGUUUCCACCGAUGGUACCUACACCUAGUCAUCCUAUGCCGCCAGUAGUUCUACCGCCACACUACGGAUCGCCGCCGCCGCCGCCACCACCACCACCACCAGUCACAAAACCCUCACCUACUCCACCAAUAGUUCAUCCUUCUCCACCGAUCAGAAAGCCACCACCACCUCAUCCACCAGUAGGACAUCCUCCUCCACCAACCGUAAAACCACCACCUCAUCCACCAAUAAUGCAUCCUCCUCCACCAACCAUAAAGCCGCCACCUGUUGUAAAGCCAUGCCCACCACCACCACCACCUAUUGUUGUAAAGCCGUGUCCACCACCACCGCCACCACCAGUACCAUGCCCACCACCAAGGGAAUCGGUGCAAGAAAAAUCUUGAAAUAAUAUUUGUAACAUAAAAUAAAAUGCUUAAUUAUAUGUUGCAUAUGUACGGUCUUAAUAAUUGAGAAUCCUUUUAUCAAAGGAAAACUCAAAGCCUAUUAAGAAGUUUUGAAGUGUGUUAUAAAGUCAUUGUAUUUCUUGUUUACGUGUAAAAUUAUUUUAACUUUUUUACUUAAUCUGAAAUAAAUAUAAAAAUCGUAAC